AUGUCGAAGAUCGCACCAUCCAUUAUCGAGGGAAUGCAGAACCGGCGAUCCAUCUAUAGCCUCACCAAUGUGUCGCCAAUUCCAGACGAUCGGAUUGAACAAUUGAUCUCCGAGACCGUUAUGCAUACACCAAGCCCCUUCAACAGUCAAACUGCCCGCUUGGUCGUCCUUCUGAAGGAACAGCAUGAACGGCUGUGGGAUAUCGCUCUCGAGGCGGCAACGGCUUCAGUCCCACCAGAGCAACUGGAGAACUUAUACAAGCCGAGAAUUGCAGGAUUCCGGGCAGGUUAUGGGACUGUGUUGUUUUACGAGGAUCCUGCCCCGUUGAAACCAUUGGAAGAAAAGUGGCCCAUGCUGGUCGACAAGUUCCCUGAGUGGGUAAAUCAUUCCAGCGGAAUGCAUCAAUUUGCUUUAUGGACUCUGCUGGAGGCCGAAGGACUUGGUUGCAAUUUGCAACACUAUAGCCCUCUGAUUGAUGCACGAGUGUCACAAGAAUGGAGCAUCCCAAUCGAUUGGAGCCUCAAGGCGCAGCUGGUUUUUGGUCAGCCAACUGGACCUGGACCUCGGGAGAAAGCCUUCGAGCCUUUGGACAAGCGAGUCCUUGUGUACGGGCGAUGA